AUUCCCUAUUCAAAAAUUUUGGAAUCACUUGUUCGUAUUACUUUUUGGCCGCGUAAUUUUUGUAGAUACAUAUUUAUCGAAAUGGCAGUUGCUAAGCUUCCAGCGCUAAUUAACUCGGCAUUAGCUCAAGCGCGGCCGAAAUUCAGCAUUUUCAUGAAAUAUGCUCGUGUUGAACUGGCACCUCCUAAACUAAGUGAGAUGUCACAAAUCAAAGCUGGCAUAGGUAAACUUCUUACAAGUGCUAAAUCUGGCGCCUGGAAGCAGCAGACAGUCAAACAAGCAACCCUCAAUACUUUGGUUGGUGCUGAAGUGCUGUUCUGGUUUUAUGUCGGUGAAUGCAUUGGCAAGCGCCACUUAGUUGGAUAUGAUGUUUAGACUAUGUUAAGCAAACUGUAGAUCAAUAUUCACUAUAAUAAACUAUACAUUUCUUCUUGA